AAGAAGAAUCGGCUUUCAGCCAUUCAGGAGCGGGGAAGACCUGCCCCUCAACUUCCUUGUACCUAGACAGUGGAACAGGGCAGAGCCCCUCCGCUCAGAUCUCCAGCAGACAGAAAGAACCUUCCACCCCCGAAAGAUCCAGUUUGGGGGGGAGGGGGACUCCCCCAAAGGGGAGGAGACAACUCCUGGUUGGGAGAGGCUCCUCCCCUCCUCCCCAGGGUAACAGGCAGGGUGUGGGGGGUGUGCCACCUUCCCCAGGUAGGACCUCCUUCGCCUCCCCCUCCUCCAGCCCCCACGCCUCAUCUUCUGGGGACCCAGUUUCCCUCCUCAAAUUGGGAGGCUCAACCAAGUACUGGAAGAGCCACUGAGGAUGAGAACCGUCAUCUGCUUCUGAAGAGGGGACUCCCAUCAACCCCAAACUCCAGUACCAGGUGGUUUCCUCCUUUUGCUGGGGGGACCUUGGAGACAGAACCCAGAAGUACCAUGGCUUCUGACCUGGAGAGCAGCCUCACCUCUAUAGACUGGCUCCCCCAGCUGACCCUCCGAGCUACCAUUGAGAAGCUUGGGAGUGCUUCCCAGGCUGGGCCUCCAGGGGGCAGCCGCAAGUGCCCACCAGGCUCACCCACAGAUCCGAAUGCCACCCUGAGCAAAGACGAAGCAGCAGUCCACCAGGAUGGCAAGCCACGAUACAGCUAUGCCACCCUCAUCACUUACGCCAUCAACUCCUCUCCAGCCAAGAAGAUGACCCUCAGUGAGAUUUAUCGCUGGAUCUGUGAUAACUUUCCCUAUUACAAGAAUGCUGGCAUUGGAUGGAAGAAUUCAAUUCGGCACAACCUUUCUCUCAACAAGUGUUUCCGGAAGGUGCCCAGACCUCGAGAUGACCCUGGGAAGGGUUCCUAUUGGACAAUUGAUACAUGCCCUGACAUCUCCCGAAAGAGAAGACACCCUCCAGAUGAUGAUCUUUCUCAAGACUCACCAGAACAGGAGGCAAGCAAGAGCCCACGGGGAGGCAUUCCGGGGAGUGGAGAAGCCUCACUACCUCCCGAGGGGAAUCCUCAGAUGUCACUUCAGAGCCCCACAUCUAUCACCAGCUACAGCCAGGGCACAGGCUCCGUGGAUGGUGGAGCAGUGGCAGCAGGGGCUCCGGGUCGAGAGAGUGCUGAAGGCCCCCCUCCCCUCUAUAACACCAACCAUGACUUCAAAUUCUCCUACUCAGAGAUCAACUUUCAGGAUCUAAGUUGGUCCUUCCGCAACCUCUACAAAUCCAUGCUGGAGAAGUCGUCUUCCUCCUCUCAGCAUGGCUUUUCGACCCUCCUGGGGGACAUGUCGCCCUCUAGCAACUACUACAUGUACCAGCAGCAGCCUCCGCCACCUCAGCAGCAGCAACCUCCGCCACCACAGCCACCUCCUCAACAGUCACAGCCGCCGCCGCCGCAGCAGCCACCAGCCCAGGGCCCCUCAGCUGUCGGGGGUGCUCCCCCACUGCACACCCCGAGUCCAGAUGGUUGUACCCCACCAGGGGGGAAGCAGGCUGCAGCUGAAGGGUAUGGGCCUCCCCCAGUGAUGGCCAUGCACCCUCCCCCACUGCAGCAUGGAAGCUACCACCCUCAUCAGCACCAUCCCCACUCCCACCCUGGCCAGCAGCCCCCGCCACCACAGCAGCAGGCACAAGGCCAGGCUCCCAUCAACAGUGCUGCUUUUGCAUUUCCUCCUGACUGGUGCUCCAAUAUCGACUCCUUAAAAGAAAGCUUCAAGAUGGUCAAUCGGCUCAAUUGGUCCAGCAUUGAGCAGUCACAGUUCUCAGAACUGAUGGAGAGCCUGCGGCAGGCAGAGCAAAAGAACUGGAGCCUCGACCAGCACCAUAUUGCCAAUCUCUGUGACUCCCUCAACCACUUCCUUACCCAGACUGGUCAUGUCCCCUCCCAAGGUGGCUCCCACCGGCCACCUGCCUCUGCUCGAAUCGCUGACUCCUGUGCCCUCACCAGUGGCAAACAGGAAGCAGCCAUGAACCAAGUGAACUCUUAUGGGCACCCACAGGCCCCUCACCUCUACCCUGGCCCAUCACCAAUGUACCCACUCCCCACCCAGGAGUCAGCAGGAUACAGUCGCCCAGCACACCAUAUGGUCCCUCGACCACCGGUCCCACCUCCUGGUGCCAAUGAAGAUAUCCCUGAUGACUUCGACUGGGACUUGAUCACUUAG